CAGAAUUGACGGGUAGACACUUUAAAAUCUCGCCAUUUCACAGCCAUCCGAGAAACGCGUAACAUCGGCUGCAUUCACAAUAUCUCACCAGGCCAAAACACGAACACUCAAGUCGCAAACCUUAGAUUUGGAAACUUAGAGGAGGAACUGCGGACAAAAAGAAAAUAAAUCUAAAAGAGUGUGUGAAACGUAAUGAGUUUUGAGUCUCCCAGAGCUGACGAUCACGACGGAAAGAAAUUUCUCUCUCACACGGUCCGAAUAGGAGACGGAGAGAUUUUGGCGAAAUUCAAUCGCGCGCUGGCUUCCAUUGUAACAACAGAAGGAUUUGCCGCCCAGAUGGGGAAUGUUAAUGGAAAUUUAUGUCAUAUUCCCCAGAAGAAACUGAAGUUGGCGUCCUCUUUAUGGUAUCCGGAAACAGCCCUUCAUUAUCCGGUACCUGGGCUCGCUUAUCACUACCUUGUGGGACACGAAAGAGGCAUUGAUAAUCGAGAAAGAUCUUUUCAUGAGCCUGAGGCUGAAGCGGGAAUUAUACAGGCGAUCAAGGAAUACGAUGAAUUCGAGGAAUGGAUUGACGGCUCUACUAAACUCCGCUACUCACCGUAUAGCAGAGAGGCCCAAGCACAUAUUUCUGGGUGGGCUAUGAAAUAUACCAACAACCACAACAAGUUUGUACUUAAGAAGACUUGUGUUGGAGUACUGCUAUGUAGUGACGACUGCACACUGCCAAAUGGGCUUAAAAUUGUCGUUAGACCUGCUAUAUCUGAUAAAGUUCGGGAAAGACAAAUGGGUCAAAAUUGUCCAAACGCCACGUGCACAGGAACUCUCGUCCACAGAAAGUGUACAGGUAACAACGGAUAUCCAGUGACCCACUUUUGGGUCCAUCAAGAGGAUGGAAUCUAUUUUGAGUCCAAAGGUACCCAUGAUCACUUCAGGCCUCAAGCAAGAAGAGCAACUCCGGAUAGAAAUUCAAAUAACAAAGUUAGCAGCAGCCAGAAAGGUAACAGCGAGCAAGUGGAGAACACAGAAGACAAAACAGAGAAACAGGAGAAUGCUUCGACGUCCUCUGAUGGAAAAAAGCACAAGUCUAGAAAAAGACAACACGCUGAAAUAGAGGAAAAUUUACUUACAAGGCAAUCAGAGAUCGUGCAGUUGUCCUCUUCGCUCUCGUCUGGAUUAUUGAGAGGUUACUCAGUUGAGGAAGAAGACCAAUAUAUCUGUGUGACUGUACCCGAGUCAGAAUCCCUCUUUCAUAGGGCUCUGUCACAUGAUCAAACGAACAUUACCACAUACGGGAAACUUUACUUACUCUGUCAGACAUUCCACGAUGUCAUUCCCGGAUUUGACUUGCUGGAGACCCGUAUGAUAUCUCGAAGCGUGAUGGGAUGGCCUGUUGUUAUGGCAACGUUAUAUCGGCAAGGAACGAAGGAAGGGCAAAUUCACCAUAUGAAGACUUUGGCUCGCCUUUGUUCCACGCCUGAUGAAGACUUCUUUUCGCCCAAGUGGCAGAUGGUUAUCCAUGAUUUCCCCGCUGACCAGGCACAGAUGGUGACCGAGGCCAUAGUAAACAUGAUCAUCAAUACUCAAGUGCAAACUCUCCUUAAGGUUUUUCAGUACAAAAGCGUCAGCUCAUUGUACAAAAUGCUCCGAGAAAAGAUCACCAGCAGUUUACAGAGCUACGACAUGCACUUUGAACUGUGCAAGCGAGAGAUAAUUACAAGGUUACAAGAUCCACUACUCACAAUGAAGUUCCGCGACAUGACGCAAAGGCUCACGGGAGAGAAAUGCACUGCACAGGAAUAUGUCAGCACGGACUGCAUGUUGUCAGGGGGAGUAUUUGGAUCAGUUAUAAGAGAAUUCUGGAAUUUCUGGGGAAGUAACAUCGUGGCUCCGAAAGUGUUCUCUGUGGCCGAUGAGUUGGUGGGAAGAAGAGAGAAGUCGGAACAGUGGCAGAGUAGACAGAGAGGUCUCACAUUUCCCAGCGAUCCACAGAAAGUAACUUUACACCACAUGGCCGAGGUAGUGGUCACGUGGUGUCAAUAUCAGGCUGAUCAUUGGCCGAAAUCAGUUGUGCAAGAAAGUAUGGCAAAGUUUAUACAUCUUCGACCGGAGGAGAAGCGACUUCACUACGCUUUAGAAAGACCAGGGUCCGCCUUUCAUCGACCAGUCACAUACCCCACAUUGCCCAUGCCCAGAUUUCAAUGGUGCUGAGUGCAUGGGGACCACCUGAUUUUAAGUUUUUUGUAAAUAAAUAACACUGCUUUGAUGGAGCAUUAUUGAAACACUUAGUGCUGCGGCAAGUUCAGUAAAUAUUGUAUAAACUUCUUACAAAAAUCUGGUUGAUUACAAUCAAGGCAGCGCUUGGUCGCUGUAAACGUAAAUGAACUCAAUUCUAGCAGAGCUACCGCUGACCAUGAAACCUGAGUACACUGUUUCAUUGAAACUUAUCAGUCAUUGGAAAUGCUGACUGUUAAAAAUUAAAUUCCCUUAGCAACCUCGUUUUUAAAGGGGCAGCAU